GCGCCGGUCCCGUAAACGCCGGCGCACCGGAGCCCCCUCCCGCCAUGGGCAUCACCGAGAGCCGCGAGGGCCGAAGGGCGUCCCUCGGGAUGGACCAGGAGGAGCGGGUCCGGGUGCUGCAGGGCAUCCGGCUCUCUGAAAACGUGGUCAACCGCAUGAAAGAUCCUGGCCAGCCUUCCAGAGUGGGGCCGCUGACCCCUGCAGCUGCCGCCCUUGUCUCCUCUGAAGGCCGGGAGAAAGAGUCUAAGUCGCCCAGGCCGGAGAGUGGCGGUGGCCGGCGGCCCUCGGGGGCGGAGGUGGAUGUCCUCAAGAGGUGUGACAGGGGGCAGGCCGUGGUCCAGGACGAGCUGCUCCAGGUGGUGACGAGGGACACAGAGGCGGCUGCCAAGCCCCGGAGCGCGUCCCUGCGGCAGGGGGAGGGCGGCAUGGACCCGGAGACGCAUCGGUCCGCCCAGCUGAUUGGCUCUGUGCCAGGGAACCCUUUCAGCAGUCAACCAACUUGUACUGAGCCUAGAGAUCAGCCCAGGGCCAGGGAGCUGGAGAGCCGAGAGGCGGAGCUGAGACGCCGCGACGCCUUAUACAAGGAGCAGCUCGGGCGCCUGGAGAAGCAGAAUGUCGAGACGUACAGACAGUCUUCACAGCAGUUCCACAAGGCAGCCUCGAAGAUGGAGGGUGCGAUCAAGCCCCGCAGGGUGGAGCCCGUGUGCUCGGGGCUGCAGGCCCAGAUCCUGCGCUGCUACCGUGAGCACCUGCAGGAGGUGCUGCUGUGUGCGGACCUGGCCAAGGCCUACCAGCACUGCGUCGGCUCAGCGCACAAGGGUUGACGCAGGCCCACUCCGGGCCUGGCAGUGACUUGGGGCCUGAAGAGGGGACGCGCCGUGGGACGGCAGUGCAGAGACCGCAGGCGCCGGAUGCCCCCGUGCUAGAGAAGUAGCGUGUGUGCCCCUGUCCGCAGACAAAUAAAGCAGGCGUCCUCGUCUUCA